GGUGAUACCUGUUCAGCCUCGGCUCGUGUCAUGUCACGUUCUGGUAUGUAACAUGCGUCAACGGCGAGCAGCUGCACGCAAUAAAGGAAAAAUCAGGAAAAUAAAAAUAUAAUCGCGAGGAGUCUUGAGUUGAACGAGGAGACAAUAAACUCUGACGUUGGUUAUUAUUAAUAAUGACAAAACUGUUGCAUUGAUGCGCGAAUAAGAGUGAAAUAUGUUUCGGGAGGGUUAUUAUCUGGAAAUAAUUAAGGCGAAAACUUCAGCUGCGACGGCUGUCAUUACAGUGAAGGAAAAAACAGUCGAGAUAAAGAAUAAAAAGAUAACGACCAACAAGUGGCUCACUCUCGAGGACUGGGCAUCGCUCUAUCAAGUCCUAGAGAAAGGUGUGAUACAGAACAGCGAGAAAAAGACACGGUCAUCCGAGUCUAAGAAAAGAAAAAAACUUACCAGGCACCUUGAAAUUGUAUACACUUUCGAGGAGUCUGAAAAUCCUACUGACAGAACCACCCUACCGACUAUAAAAGUCGGCGUAUCACCGGUGAAAAAAAAGUCUAGGUCCAAACGCGAUUCAACUGCCGGUGAAGUCGAUAAAAAAGAGAAGAUCCGGGUGUCUUCCACCUCGAAAGCAGAGCACAAAAAUGACGGUUCCAAUUUGCCUAAACUUGAGAGUUCUGGGGAAACCUUCUACGGGACAGGCUUCAAAGUAGAGGAGUAUAUUCCUAAUGUGCCUAAGACAAAGGGGACUGAGAACGGAGCGGACAUAAAAUAUAUUCCGAGCAGGAAAAGUGCCCUAGAAAAUCUCCACAGGUCUGUCGAAUCAAACGAGUACAUUCCGGCCAUCGUCACUGAGGAGGGUGCUGGUACCAGUGCACUGGACGAUCUGUACAUCCCGAAUUCAGUACCAAAAAUACUGAAUAUUGAUGAAACCUAUGAGCCGUUCAACCCGGCUAUUACGACCAGCAAAACGGCUGGUGAAUACGUUCCGAAUUCGAAAGGAGUGAAGAAAAAAAUGGAAGAGUAUCAGCCGGACUUCACCAGCAAGGCGAUGAAGUUCGACAACAGUUACGUUCCGUCGAGCUCUGCAAAAAUAAUGGAGCUUAAGAAAAAUGGCGAGAAGUCAUCUUCAGGCAGCAGUAGUAGUAGCACCAGUGGAAGCGUCAGGAAAAAGAGGAGUAGAGAUACGGAGUCCAGUACUAGCAAAGAAUCAUCGUCUAAGAAAAAAAAUUCCCCUGUCACUCAGAGUACGAGUGUUAAGCGAGAAAUGUGAUGAGAAAUUCAACGUUUUCAGGGAUGGAGUUUCAGCCAGGCAUAACUUCCAUAUUUUCGAGCUUUGAUUUUGAAAUAUUCAGCCAACAAUAGGCUUAGGAGCUUUUUCAAAAUACUCCAAAACCAAGGGUCAUAAAGUGUCCCUAAAUUUGACGUCUUUACACUUGUGAAGUUGUGUACGAGGAGAAAAAUUACUCGUUUCUUAAGACAUCUUAUGUCUCUUCAUUAUUUAAGAUAAUUUAUUCAAUCUCGUGUAUACUGUAAAGAGUUACAGACAUGUUGUGUAUAAUCAUUCUAUUUUUGUGUAAUGAAUUUCUGCUUUUCUUUUCACAGCAAGUUUCUGAAAAUGAUCGACACAGAACGAAAUUAGUAAUCCACUACGUUAUAUCUAAGAUAGGCCUCGAACCAAUAUUAAUAGUCUGUUCCGUUAGAUUCAACCAACGAAAUCGCUAUACUUUAAUCUUUUCUCAUAAAAGUGCUGCAAAAGAAAGCACUCGUUUAUUCCUAAGUUAGGGUAAUGAAUAGUAAAAGGAAUCUAGGGUCGUGUAUCGUUUAAUUUUCUCAACGUGGAAUGCGUGUGAUAUUUUUGUAAAUAAUAUAAACGAAUCAGAGUUGGUUGUAUACUCCUUAUACAUGUUAUAUUUGAAGUACUGGUUACGAAAUGUGAAUAAUAACAAGCUUAUAUCCAUGAUAGAUAGGUAUAUUUUUAUCGGAUAUAGUGAAUAAAUAUACGUUGCUUAUUAUAAAAUUAUCGU